AUGAUCGAGAAUACCGAACGCGGUAUGGAUAGCCGCCCGAGCGAAAACGCGAACGAUGUCAAUAAACGAAAUGAGAACUCCCCAUUUGUGUUCGUCGAAGAUCAAGACUCGUCGUUGAAUCACGAACAGACGUCGGUGAACGAAGUAACGAGUUCGAUGAUCGAAGUGAAGCUCGAAGAAAUCCGUGCGCUAUCGAAGCUCCCAGAUGGAACAGAAAGAGCUGCGAUGAAAGACAGUGGCACGGGCGAGGAAGACAGAGCGUGUAGCGGAAACGGGUCCGACGGUGAAAAUCAGAGAGCGGACAUUGAAAACCAAAUGCCUUAUUCGAGUAUGCAUGCGGCGAGCUUGGAAAUCGCUACUGGCGGGGAGCCUCAUUUGGCGAAUUCGGAGAAGAAGUUCGAGGAAGGUCCAGAGACAACUGCGACUCGUUACUUAGCGGAAAAGUUCCUGAUCUCGAUCCUUGAGGAGAGUCUUGCGUUCAGGACGAAUUCGAAGGAACUCCUCAGCGGGAGGACAAUCGACCAGGAAAAAGAAGACGAGCGGAGUCCUCCGAAGUUUUGUGAAAGGUUAACUUGCCCGAUGACGGAUAACAGUAAUGAAAUAUGUUCGGCGAAGGAGGGCGAUUAUCCCGUCGACGAGCAGUUUGGAGUGGACCCAGAAAAAGAAGCAAAUCGCACGGAAGGGGAAUCCGUAAUGCAUUCGAGCAAGGAUGCGACGCAAUCUCCAGCCGCGGAGUCAGAAGGGGUGGAAGAGGUUGGACCGGCUCCAGAAACGAGUUCGCUGAAGAAUGGUCGCGGGACUGAAUCUACGAUUUCCUUGGCCCGGCCAGCAGCUACUCGGGCUAAGGAGGAGGAGGACCUGAACGCAAUUAUACGAAGCAUGAUAAUCACAGAACUGCGUAGGCACCGGAAGAAGGAGCAGAGGGUGCUUAAACGGGCUCAUUCGGACACGGAAAGCGUACUGCCUAAGAAGAGGCACGACGAGAAUAGAAUAGGUCUAUUCAGCGUCAAAGGCCGAACGUUUUUCCGCGAUCUCUUGGAACUAGAAGAAAGUCUGCGUAAAGGGAUAGGGAACGUGUCCGAGAAAGAAUCCACCGAGACUGGAUUGCUCCAGACGAUCGUGGACCGCCAAGACGCCGAGGAGGAUGAAAAAAGUUCCAGAAACGAGGCUAACGCCGUGCUCGUCGAUCGGUCGACCAUCCUCUCGAUGACGACCGUGCACAAGGCCAACUCGAACAUUCUGCUCGAGAGAAAAGUGAACGUGCCUUGCCUGAUGGACGUUGAGGAAUCGAUUGAACCCGUGAAAACGACGGUCCACGAGUCUCGAAUGGACAAAUGUACGCAAACGGAGCACGUCUACGUGAUCCGUUCAGUGAGGAGCUGCCCUUUGCGCAAGAGACGACUUCCGGCGCAAUAUCAGAUGCACAAAAUAGCCGCGAUUCGUGACGCGGUGUACUCGAAAACGGUUUACGCUAAUCUGGAUUACUCGCGAUUUAUUUUCCGCAAAGCUUCGGACAAUCUCAUUUACGAGAAGGGCAAGGCCAGUCGCAGUCCCAGUUACGUACCGGCGCCCGAAAGAUAUCGGUGGAAGUACCUGACGCCUACCAAAGUCAAAUGA